ACUCGUGCAGUCGUGUUGCGUGGCACGUUUGGUUCGAAUCUUAACGCCUGUUCUCGUAGUGGAGCUUAACUUUGGCGCCAUGGAGCCUUUGCGUAUUUGUAUCACUGGUGCUGCUGGACAGAUUGCUUACUCUCUACUCUAUUCUGUUUGCAAAGGAGAUGUGUUUGGAACUAAUCAGCCACUGAGUGUACUCUUGCUGGAUAUUGUUCCUAUGAUGCCUGUAUUGGAGGGUGUAGUGAUGGAAUUGCAAGACUGUGCCUUUCCUUUAUUGCAAGAGGUAAUUUCAACUUCUGAGCCAGGUGAGGCAUUCAGCAACAUUGAUGUGGCCAUUCUGGUUGGAGCCAUGCCACGAAAACAAGGAAUGGAGAGAAAAGAUCUUCUGAAAGCCAAUGCUAAGAUCUUUGUUGAACAGGGAAAGGCCCUGAAUCAACAUGCCAAGAAAACUGUCAAGGUGUUGGUUGUUGGGAACCCUGCAAACACAAACUGUAUGGUGGCCAAGAUGAAUGCUCCAUCCAUUCCACCUGAAAAUUUUACAUGCCUGACGCGGCUGGACAUGAACAGGGCAAAGGCACAGAUUGCGAGUAGAAUUGGCACCCAAGUUGAAGUGGUGAAAAAUAUCAUCAUCUGGGGAAAUCACUCGUCCACGCAGUACCCAGAUGUCAAUCAUGGAACUGUUCUUAUGUCAGAUGGAUCUGUGUCAAUCAGACAAGCUGUCAGUGAUGACACGUGGUUGAAUGGUGAAUUUAUUACAACAGUACAAAAGCGUGGUGCUGCUAUCAUUUCAGCUCGUAAGUUAUCCAGUGCCAUGUCAGCUGCUAAGGCAAUAUGUGAUCACAUGAGAGACUGGUGGUUUGGUACAGCUGAGGGUGAGUUGGUUUCCAUGGGGGUGGUGUCAGAUGGUUCUUAUGGAAUACCAAAAGAUAUUGUGUACUCAUUUCCAGUGAAGAUUUCCUCAAACCAUAAAUAUGAAAUAGUACAGGGUCUGGCCAUUGAUGACUUCUCACGUGAGAAAAUGGACGCCACUGCUAAAGAGCUUGUGGAGGAGAAGGAGAGCUGUCAGUCAUUUCUUGAAUGACUAGCAGCACCAUCUCAGUUAUGACUUCCAUACAACUUGAAGUACUGUAACUGCUGAAAUGAGCACCCUCCCUUAAGAUGCCUUGUCUCUACCCUUAAUUUAAAAUGCUAGCAUUGGUACUAAUUCUGGCUAAUUUUACUGGUACAAAAGAAAACUGUACUUGAAUGCCAUUAUUAGUGUCUGUGAUAAAUAAUGUAGGUUUUUCAAACAAAAUGUAUACUGCAGACAAUCUUCAUUAAAGUUCAACAACAGUUAGAAGGAAA